AUGGGGACCAGUUGCAGUGCUGCCUGCAACAUGGGUUUGACCAACAACAGCAGUCUAGCUGUGUGUCAAGAACAGGAUAAUGAAAUCUGGGCCCUUCCACCCUGCAACAAGUAUCUCUGCCCACUGCUGCCCAUAUGCAUUCUCAUCCCAGUGACAGCUGUUUGCUUGGUCUUGCUGGUGCUGGGUAUAGGGGGCAAUGUCUUGACUGUGAUUGUGACAAGCUGCUCCCAAGAGCUACACAACACUACCAGUCUAUAUCUGGGCAGUUUGGCUGUCUCUGACCUGUUGAUGCUCCUCCUGGGUCUACCCUUGGAUCUGUACCGUUUGUGGCGCUCCCAGCCAUGGGUGCUGGGAACUGUGCUGUGUCGUGUGUGGCACUGGUCAACUGAGGCGUGUGCCUACUGUUCCAUCCUGCAUCUGACAGCCCUGACAGCUGAGCGCUAUCUGGCUAUUUGCUUCCCACUGCGGGCUAAAGUCCUGGUGACCCAACAGCGGGUAAAAGCCCUACUGAUAGUGCUCUGGGCUGUGGCACUACUCUCUGCUGUACCUUACCUGUUCCUUGUGGGAGUCCAACAGGCUGGUAACUUUUCCAAUGAUGAUGAUUUCAGCCGUGAAUGUGGCCCUACUUUGCAUGCCCAACAGACAGGGCUGUUGGAGACUAUGCUCUGGAUCACCACUAGCUACUUCAUCCUUCCCUUCUUCUGUCUUUACAUUCUCCAUGGCUUGAUUGCUAGAGAGCUUCUUCGUGUUGGCAAAGCACAUCUUGGUUUGGCUUCAUACAGGAACCAUCAGCAAACAGUGCGCAUGUUGGUUAUCCUGGUUCUGGCAUUCCUCAUUUGCUGGCUGCCCUUUCAUGUUGGCCGGAUCAUAUAUAUCAACCCAAACAACACCAGGAUGAUGAUCUUCUCUCAGUAUUUUAAUGUUUUUGCGUUGCAGCUUUUCUACUUGAGUGCUACAAUCAACCCAAUCCUUUACAAUCUUGUCUCAAAGAAAUACAGGGCAGCAUUGUACAAGUUGCUGGUAACCAAAAAGCGACCAGAACGGGCUUCAACUAUUACUAGGGAGACAGCUGGCUACCUAGAGAUUACUGGAUAA